AUUCCCUGGCACCUUUCACAAGUUUCGGUCUCUGCUGACCAACACACAGCACUGCUCCGUCUCUCUUUUUCUCCCAUCCCCAUCACACCGCGCACAACCACCACCAGAGCAAGACCAAACGAGCAAGACAUCGUCGUCGUCGUGUCACACGGUACCACAAGACUUGCUGACCGGCUUGCCCUCUCCGCCUACCUGCAUUGCGGUCGCCUGGUUGCUCUCUGUCACGGCCUACACAGCACUCCGCCUCCAAAGCAGUCGAGAUUGACAUCCAUCUGCUGAUUUGAUCCCGCCCUCUUCAUCCUCUUCACACAGACCACCAACCCGCCGCAAUGGGACAGUUUCUUGACAAACCCAACACAGAAAAGGAGUCGCACUUCAACGGCAUCAGCGAGGGCGCGCAUUAUGGCCUCAGCUCGAUGCAGGGCUGGCGCAUUCACAUGGAGGAUGCGCACACCCACGUGACAAACAUCCCCGAGCUCCCCAACACAGCCUUCUUCGCCAUCUUUGAUGGGCAUGGAGGGAAAACCGUCGCACAAGCUGGGUCUGCAGGGAUCAUGAAAGCGAUUCUCUCAUCACAGCCGUUCAAGGAAGCGAAAACAGAACAGGACAAGACGAAUGCCAAGACGCUCGAGGCGGCGACGAAGCAGGGUCUUCUCGACCUUGACGACCUCAUCAAACAGGAACACGAAGAGCUCCGCCAGGGCCACGACAGGAGCGGCUCCACCGUCGUCACGUGCUUCAUCACUCCCACCCACUUUGUCUUUGGCAACUGCGGCGAUUCCCGCGUCGUUCUCGUCAGCAACAACGUGGUCAAGUUUGCCUCUUCCGACCAUAAGCCCACAAACGCCUCGGAGCAGGAGCGCGUCAAGAAGGCCGGCGGCUUUGUUGAGAUGGGCCGGGUGUGCGGCAACCUUGCGGUGUCGCGGGCGCUGGGUGACUACGAGUACAAAGACAGGUCGGACCUGCCGGCCAAGGACCAGAAGAUCAGCGCCGCCGCUGACAUGACUGUGAUUGAGCGCACAGACCAGGACAACUUCCUCGUCAUGGCCUGCGAUGGCAUCUGGGAUGUCUGCACAAACGACCAAAUACGCGUAUUUGUCACCUUCUACCUCGAGCGCGGGUACAGCACGAUCCAGAUUGCAGAGAAGCUGCUCGACCACUGCCUUGAAAUUGGCAGCCGCGACAACAUGAGCGUGCUGGUGAUAACGCUCAAGGGCUCCCCAAAGGCCAAGUCGCAGAUCCCCGAGAACGAGUCUGAGGAGCAGCACGAGAAGCGCAUUGCAGAGGAGAAGGCCGCGCUCUCUGAGGAGUUUGCAAAGCUGCCUCAGGCCCAACAGCCGGCCGCGCCGCCAACCGGCGUUGUUGGAACAGCGCCCGCCAACCCCGCCAACCCGCCCGCACGCCGCCCCUCCGAGGACGACGAGUGAUUGCACGUGAGCCAGGGGUCUGGUGAGCCGUGCGUGGUGGUGGUGGUGGUGGUGGUGUUGGUGAGUCGAAGCAGCAGCAGCUAUUCGUUCCGGUUGAGGUGUUGUUGUCUUUGUGGUGGUGGGCUGGUUGCUUCAUCAGGUGGUGAGGGCGGGGGGUGAGGCUGGUGGCGGUCGUAAGUCUCUGAGCGAUGGUGAUGAUCUAGCGGCAGGCGUUUUUUUUUUUUCUUUUUGAGGGGAGGAGCGAAGCUUGGCUCUGGUCCUUGGCUGGCGGGCGUGUGUGAUCCCAUAAAGGGGAAGGAAGAGGGAGACGGGUGAACAGUGGAUGUUCCUUCACCUUGUGUGUGCGACAUGACACGAUGAUACACAUGUACCUGCGUAUUUCUUUCUCCGUGUGUCUCGCUCUCAUUUGCCUGCCUGCCUGCCUCGAUUGCCGUUUGUCGUUCUUUCUCCCCUUUGCCUGCUUGCCCGAGUGCGUGCGUGCGUGAUACCUGAUAUACGCUGUGUACAUCACCGUUAAAGCAAAUGAGAAGACCGUGGCGUGGAGGUGGUAGGUGU